AUGGACAAAAGUGGGUCAUCUAAACGCUCAGGAUCAAACGAUCUUUAUGAAGCAUUUAAUGAGGGAUCAAUAACUGCUUCGGGAGAGCGAGUUUUCAUACCAAUCCGGAAGAUACAAAGAAUCGACUAUACUGAAACCCGAAAGAAUAUAUAUCAUGGAUGCUUCCAAUCAAGGUUAACACACGACGAAUCUGUGCUCGUUAGAAUGCAAAACCAUAUUCAGGUAACUGGAGAUGAUCUGAGCGGGCCCAUUAUGCACUUUCAAGACCUGAAGCUAGAGGAUCCUGUUGCAAAACGUCUCUUUUUUCGCGAAAUCAGUGUUCCGACUCCCAUUCAGAUGCAGGCCAUUCCCAUGGUUCUGACUGGACGUGAUGUAAUCAUCCACUCUGGAACGGGAUCAGGCAAGACUCUUGCGUUUAUUCUUCCUAUUCUAAAGCUUUUCCAGAUCAAUCCGCCCUCUGCUAAUCCUUCCGUGGUCGUCAUUGAGCCAACCCGUGAACUAGCAGCCCAAGUAAUGCGAGAAUUCUCCUAUUUUAUUUGCGCUCCUCUCGUAAAAGAAAGAUCUCCUCAUCUCUUUUACGAUACCAAUUUGGAUUCACGUCGUUAUACCCCUGAUGGAAAAUACCAACACCGCGUUCUGGGGGCGUGGGGUGGCGAAUCGAUCGAAGAUCAGCAAUCAGCCCUUCAAGGCGGAAUUGAUGUGAUCGUUUGCACUCCAGGACGAUUAAUCGAUCUGCUUCACAAAAAGCUGGUCUCAUUAAACGAAGUGAAAGUGUUUGUACUUGACGAGGCGGACAAAGCCGUCGAUGUGGAAAUGGAGAACCAAAUCCGAUACGUAGCAUCAUCAUCUUCGAUUUUGAACGAAAUCACUCCUCAAAUGCUUUCUCAAUUUGAAACAAACACCAUUCAGUUGUUAUUAGAGAUUUGCUAUUCAUAUCUCACACACGAACCAAAUCAAUAUGAAGAAUUGGGAAUGAAUAUUCUCGAUUCACUUAUUCUUUUUGUGCUCAGUACAGAUUGCCAUCCAGAAAAUGAAGAAUUUCAGCAGAUAUACAAACGACUGAUGAAAGCACCCUUGUUUGAAGUGAUGGAAGGAAUGACAAAUGAUCCGAUUAUGAAAACCAAGAUACGCAUAUAUAGAAAAUUAAUGCAAUUUACGAAAUAGCAGGUGGUACU